GUAGAAACCGCGGGUUUUGGAAUUUUUCACCCAGAUGCUGAGAUAAAGUCUACCAGAAGAGUUUGCAGCUUAUUUGGAUGUAAACUGUCAUGUUGGCUACUUAUUUUACAUGGAGUAUUCUUAACAUCUACAUGGUUGCCUUUUGGAUCACAAUUUGGUUUUUGAACUACUGUGAAACUUUCGUUCUACCUGAAUUCCAAUCUCUACCUGAGUCAACUGUCUAUUAUACUGGUAGUGAAACACUUGAAAUAUGCUGCGAUAUUUGGCCGAAAUCGCCUAUAGGUCAUGUAACAUACUAUUCAACAUAUCAUUCUCCGUACUCAACUCAUGUGAACACUUCUGACCAAAUAUCCACAAAACAUAUGACUGUGCAUCAUAGGAAUUUGUAUCGUAUGCUUCCUAGUCUCUUGUGUGAACAUCAUCCAUCUGAUGGGAAUAAACCACAGUCGUCAAUCAAUUGCCUUUGCUUUUCAAAUAUUUCUAUUGUUGAACAGUUUUCAGGUGAAGAGAUUUACUGUUUGGGUAGCAGUGAUUUUGGUUCGAUCUUAAGUCGACCGUUUCAAGUAUUAUUGAAAAGUCCAGUAGUUCAGAAAGUUUCAAUCCCCACAAUUUUAAAAUACAACUUGGGAAAUAUUGCAGUGAUCCCUUGCAGUUUAGAGAAAGUACAUUCAUCAGAUGAAGUGUUUUUUACGCUGAAUAAUACUGAUAUUACGCAUCUCUUUUCCGCAGGCAAAUAUCGAUUUGUACAAUCUCUAUCUACUGGGCAUUAUACAUUAAUGAUACGAGAUUUUCAAUUACAAGAUCAGGGAUUCUAUCAGUGUGGUUACUUUAAUCAUAGAUUGGGAACAAAACGAUAUAACCCUGUAAUAUAUCAUCUCUUAGCUGAAAAUCCAUUUAAUUCCUCAAUGAAAACUAUUUUGCUCAUGGAUUUCAAUGGCAGUUCACCAGAUUCACCUACUGUCAUUGAUUCUAGAAAAUCAGUGGUAGAGAUUACCGCUUAUGAAAAUCAAAAUAUUUCAUUAUUUUGUGUAUUUAAUUCACCGAAUCCACUUGUAGCCAAAGUCGACGACUACUCAGUAAUGAAUGGCUUUAAUGAAUAUCAUUCUUUUGAUUCAUUAUUUGGCGUUUUAGACAUACAACAUUUAACAAUGAAAGAUGAAGGAUUGUACUUUUGUUCAGCUGACAAUGUUACAUCUUAUGCUCAUUUGCGAAUACUAUCAUCACCUCAAUUGAUGGUUUAUCCGAAAAAUAUUCAAGCAAAUCUGGGUGAUUCUUUUAAUCUCUCCUGUAUAAUAAGUUCAAGAAAUGAUUUAACACCAUUUUGGUGUUUCAAUGGAAUUUGCAAACAGUCUACAGUGUCUAUAAAUCCAUAUCACGCUAAUUUACUAAUUGAUUCACUUCAAUUAUCAGAUAUUGGUGUAUAUCAGUGUAUCAUAAAAAAUGAUAUCAAUAUGUGGAUAGAUUCUAUAGUCACAGUUAUUACACUUGAACAAUUUUUAUUAUCAAAAAGUCUGUUCGAUACAACUUUAUCGAAAAUUCUCGCACCUAUUCAACUUGAAACUGACUUGUUAGAAAUACAGUUUGGAGAUACAGGACAACUGAAAUGUUUGUCAUUCAAUGAAGUCAGUGUAAACAGUAGCAAAGGUUCAGAAAUUAAAGAAUUAAUGUUGCAUUCUGAUAAAGCACUCAUUAAUCUCUUAAGUAUUCCUUAUCUUUUCAAGUUUAUUCGUGUGGAAUGGUUAAAAGAUGAUAAGCCUCUUCGUAUGUCAGCAUAUAAUUUCUCUGAUCAUCCGGAGUUGGCUUCUUCUGUACCUUAUGCAACCAAUGUUACCAUUAAUAAUCCUAAUGAUUAUGGAAUGUACAGUUGUAAUGUGUAUCUUGGAGAAAAGUUAAUACUACAACGAUAUUUUUACCUUAUAAGAUCUGAUACAUCUGCAUAUGCCGAUAGUUCUAAACAAGUUAACCAGCUCAAUGGUAGAUUUAUGAAUUGGUCGAAGAGAUUACUGGAAAAAUCUUCACGUCAAAAUAAUAUACUGAAUAUUGACCAAACACCAAUAAUUCCAUUACAUCGUGUACGUCGUAGCCAAGCGCAUAGAAUUAAUGAAUGGCCUUUGCAUUCUGGACAAAUCACUUCCUUGGAUAUCUUGAAUUUAUCUUCUACAAGAAAUACGUAUGAUCGGUUAAGAAAACCGAAUGCUACAACUGUUGGAGAUAACUUAGCUGUACUGAUUAGUUGGAAUUCAGUCAACUGUGAUUUUUAUCGUAUUCUUCACCGGUCACGUAUUCCAGAAUCGGAUGGUUGGAUACAUCGGUCAACUAUUGAUGAAACAGUGAAAGAAUGCUGUAGUCAUGAUAAAACGUGUUGUUUAGAAAAUAAACACUUCUAUCUAACUAGUCGUCAUCCAGGUGAACUUGUACCGGGGAAAAGUUAUCAGUUUCGAAUACAUGCCAUUAAACAGGAUAAUGAUGAGAUAGUUGAUAAAAGUCCAUGGUCUGAUCCGGUCAGUUUUCAGCAUAUCUCAAAAGUUGCUCCAGUUAUCACAGAAACUGAACGCUUGUCUGACGGUGGCAUAUUGGCACGAUGGAGAUUAACUCAAUCAGCUGUUGGUUUCCCUAUUGAUCACUUUCUUUUACUAUAUCGUCCAGAAGAACGUUCUAAUAGUGGAAGAAUUACCUACAAUGGAUUUAAAGCUGUGUUUGUUGAUGGGGCUGAUGCCAGAGAACACAAAUUACAGGCUUUAGAACCAGGCAAAGGUUAUCAAAUUGUUGUUUAUGGCGUGCAUACACCUCCAGGAUUCGAUCCACAAGCUACAAUUUUCACAGGUGGAUUGAAUGGACGAAAAAUUACUCAGUUUAGUCAUGAAGUAUUCGUAAAACCACGCUCAAUUUCAGUGAUGGCUAGUGAUAAACUUGACAGUCAAGAUUCUGAUUUACGUUCAACAUCCAAAUCACGUGAUCACUACAAUAAUAAUAAAAAUAUAGUUGCAUUUAAUUCAAUGGAAUCGAAUAAAUUAAUGUUUCUUAUUUUGGGUGCUCUUACCAGUGUAAUGCUUUUAAUUAUGAUCUGUCUAGUUGUCCUGUGUAUAUGUCGUCAACGACGAGAUAAACAUCGGCUAGUGAUCAAUCGUACUGCUGGUGGUGGUGGUGUUUGUGACAAUUACAAUCUACCUUGUAACCAAGCUACCGACAAAAGUUUGAAAAAAGGCAAUCACCUUAGUGGUGGAUUUCUACUGGAUAACUUACACUCCACUCCUCUGACAACUUCACCUAAUGUCACCAAUGAUAAUCGAGUCAUGGAUAAUAUCAAUUUUGAACAAAAUAAUAAAAGAACAGGUGUACAGCUCGCCUCCCGACCGCCGCCGAUGAGUCCAGCACCUCCGCCUCCACCAAAAUAUUUAACUAGAAAUGAAAAUUUCGAGUUGAGAAGUUUAAUCUCCAGCAAUGAUGAAAAUAAUAAUAAUCAGCAGUCUACUAUGGAUAUUCUAUCUAAAUCCUACUAUUAUCCUGUACAUAGAAAUAUGAAUUGUACAGAGUAUCCAGUCAGUCCAUCUUGUCAUACAAUAAUGAAUCAUACAAAUCAUGAUGUUGUUGUAGAUAAUGCCUCAUUUGCAAAUCCGCAUUUAUUAUUGUUAACAUCAUCGUGUACUGAUAAAUCGAUGAUUGAUUCACCAGGGCUUAUGGAGAAUUCAACAAAUCAUAAAGAUUCAAACUACUUGCUCCAGUCUGCAAUGUUGAAUGGUUUAAAACGUGAACCACCAAGCGGUGGUUCAAUGCAUGGUGGUACUGAUGAUGAAUUUGCUUUGCCUGACAAAGAUGCUGUAAGCAAUCGGUCUCAUCAGCAGUGUGAACAACCUCAAUCUACAGAAUUCUGUUCUUAUUCACAUUGUAAUCCAAACUUAUAUCAUUCAUAUCAUAAUGACAAUGUAAGUGGUAAGCACAAUGGUGAAAAAUCUCCAGCUGUUAUAGUUUCUACUAAUCAACACUUGGAUUUUUAUCCAAAUCAUUUUCAUCGAACUGUAUCAUCAUCAUUUAGGAAUGAUUCGAAUCAUCAUCAACAUCGCCGUCGUCAUCAACAUCAUCAUCAUUACCAACAACAACAACAUCAGCAAUAUCAACGUAAUGGUUGUAAUAUUUACACUGACGAAUCCAAUGCUCCUCCAUUCAUGAUGAAUUUUAAUCAUCAUUAUCUUGCACAACAGCAACAACCAAUGAACAUUAUGUUUACUUCUUGUAUUCCUAAUUAUGAUCCUGGCUUACUAACACCACCUUCACCUAAUCCGGCUAACUUUAAUAAAGAUUAUAAUGAUAAUAAUAAUAACAGCCACAACCACAGUCAUCACGUGGAUAUGUACAACAGUCAGUAUACUGAUUCUUCUUAUCCGAUAAAUAAUGAAGUUAAACAUCCUAAAGAGUGUCAUCAUCCACGUUCACAUUCAUUUCAUGUCAGUCAUACUGAUCACCAGUCAAAAUUACCAUCAUCAUCUCUACAUAUUCAUCCGGAUAUAAUGACUGCCAGUAGUACUAAUCCAGAUAAAAACUUAAAAUACUUUGGUUUAAGUCAAUCAACCAAUCGUCGUUAUGCGAAUCGUUCAAUUCAAUAUGAUAGUAAUCCACCGGCACAACAGAUUUCUAACACCUGUAUGCCAAAUUCAUGAGUGUGAAAUCAUAUCAUAUUGUGCUACAAUUUGAUUUUUUUUUCAAUGCUCAGGUCUACAACUUUCCUUCAAACCUUUAGCUUUUUUUUUAAUUACUACUAUAUCAGGCAUUCACAAUUUAUUCCUUCCUGUUCAACAAUUCAACUAAUUGAUACUCAGGAAAUGUGCAAUUGUUUGUGUUAAUAAUUAAUUCUCUCUUCAAAUGGCUAGCUAGCUUCAUAUCCUUAAGAUCAUGGGCUCUGAUGUGCUUUCGUCCAAAGUAUAUCUGAUGAAAUAUUCUUCAUAGCGACUGUUUUUUUCUCUCUGCCUGCCCCCUCUCUCUCUCUCUCUAGUGUGAUGCAAUCACACCACCAUCAUCUUGCCAGGGAUCGUUGUUUUCAACUUUACUUUUUCGUUUUCUUUGGGAAUAUCCUUUGUAUUGUAUUGAUUAAUGAUUGUACGGAUUAUUUUUAUUACUAUUAUUAUAAUUAUUAUUAUUAUACUUAUUAUUCUCUCGCCUCUGUUGUAUUUAUUUUAUGGUAAUAAUAACAAUAAUAUAGUAAUCAUAUUGGUAUUCUCUAAGUUAUAUUUAUGACAGCUACCCACCCACCGUCUUAAUAAUUUCAAACAUGCAUAUAUAAGUGUGUCAGUUGCUAUCUGUUCAAAGUGCAUUUUAUUUUUGAAUAUAACCUUUUAUUUAUUCACUUGUAAUAAUAAACUUGUAAAACUGUGUUUUUUUUAUAGGAAUUAUUGUUUUUUAAUUUUUUGUGCUUGUUUCAUCCACUCCCUGUCGUUUUCUUUCAAAAAACCUAACUAGUCAACAUCCACUGUUCACAGUACUCCUUCUCCAGUAUUUUAAUGUACAUUGGUUCUGUUUUGUUUUUUUUUGUAUUUAUAAAGUCCGCCGCUAGUUUUGUUUGUUUGCUUUCUAUCCAGUGUGUAGCGCCUUUUUCGUAAUUCCCGUUUCUUUGACAUGAAAUUCAAUUUUUUUUUGCUUGUAUACGAUCACUUUAUAUGUUGCACAAUAAAACACCGUGUGUGUGUGUUUGUACAUAGUUCCCUUUUGAUCAUCAAUUUAUUGUCCAAAUCUGUAUACAUAAAACUCGCACACACACACACACACACACAUGCAGACUGUGUAUAUUUACCCUGAUCGAAAACAAUCAUUGAAUAGGUUUCAUUAUUACUAUUAUGUCAUAAGAGUAUACAAUUUUUCAUUUUCUUCUUAUUUGGAUCAUUUAUCUCUUGUAUAUAUAUAUAUAGCAUAUUUCCUAGUCUACUGAAACUUGAUCAACGGGAAUGUUUGUAUAGGAGAGAAAAAAUAAACAAACAACACAGCGUUUCUUUUUGUAAUAGUGGACAGAUUCAAUCCUUUAUAUACACUUUGUUAUAUAUUAUAUAUGUGUGUAAAUUACUAGCUGAAAGAGGAUUUCGUGUCUUACUCUGUUUAGCCAAUGAUGGACUAAAGUUGUUUGUUGUUUGUUUCGUUUUGCUUUUUUGCAUUUCUGCAGUCUAACAGUUGUGAGUGCGCGCUAGACGACAGUCUCAUCAUAUUGCCUAAUAUGCUGCCAAUAUGUUUUAUGUUAUUUUUUAAGGACUUUUUUCGUUUGUUUUUUUUUUGAUAUCCUUGAGUGGUGAUGAUGAUAAUAAUAGUAUUUACAUUUUCUUUUGAACACUACUGCUGGAGUAUUAUUUGUAAUUAUUAUGCUUGAUAAAUAAAAUAUAUUAUCUUUUUCUAAAUAAAAACUUUGUUGUUUCUGCGUUCUUUGAAAAGUUCUUGUUUACAUCGAUUCUUUUUCAUGGAUCAAAAUGAUUCUUAGUUUUUUUUUAUCAUGAAAAACGAGAAGGAAGCAAAGAGCAUCCUGGAUAAAUUUUAAUGAGGUACAUCCUACAAUAAAUUCUACUAUAGAAAAAGAAAAAUGACUCUAGUACUGCAUUUUUAGACGACGUCCUUAUGACCAGAAAAGAGGAUGGCACAAUAAGAAGAAGUGUUUAUAGCAAAUCUACAUCAACGGGUCAGUACAGACAUUUUCUCAGCUUUGUGCCCUUGAAAUACAAACGCAAUCUGAUAAAGUGCUUGAUCCUUCACAGAGCAAGAGUGAUUUGCUCGGACGAAUGUCCUGAUGAGUAACUUAAUAAUACUGAACGGUUGCUAAGUUAAAAUGGUUAUCCAGAAAAGUUUAUUGAUAAGAAUAUGAAGAGAAAACCAAAGCAACCCAAGUUACCAACAGUUCCAAAAAAGGCCUUAUUCUUACAAAUGCAGUUCUUUGGGGACAACACCAGCAAGAUACUAACACAACGCCUUAAAAAUGCGGUAAAAAGAGCAUUCCCUGCUGCCGAAUUACACUGUAUCUUCAAAACCAUUCCUCUUUUGCGUUCGGGAGUAAAAGACAAACUGCCUAAUUUCGCCUCUUUCAUGUGUAUCUACCAAUUUAACUGCUCCUGUGGAGCCAGUUCCAUAAGCCAUAUAAUUAGGCGUGUUUCUCGUCGAAUUUCCGAACAUCUCUCUGCGUGGUUAAACAAAGGACAAACAAUAUCUAUUCGCAGCGUUAUUCUGUCUCAUCUUGCGGAGACAGAACACAAGAUUGACGUUAACCAUGCUUUCAGGGUCAUUUACCGUAUACCUACGAAUUUCAAUUUUGCCUUAAGAGUUCGACUACUAAAUAUUGCUGAGGAUGGCCGUUGGGAUCCAUAUUAACAAGCCUAAUUUAUGCACCCAAAAGAAGUUAGUUCAGACAUUAUCAUUGCCUUGGUCAUCCAGGUUUGAAUAAUCCUGAAUUUUUGUGGAAUUUUCCUAAUUUUAGUUGAUAUUCUAUUUGAUACUAUAUCUUUAUUAUUAUUUUUAAUAUUUAAGCAUCUUUAAUGAACUGUAAUUGCAUUGUGAUCUUACUUUACAAAUCGAUCUUAUUUAAAAUACACUAAUAUUGCUAUUGACUACUAAUCUAAAAUAUUCUGUGUAUAUAAACAUAUAUAAUUGUAGGACCAGAAGAGGAAUUUAUCGAAAAGAAUAUUCUUUGCUCGAUUAUUUUGUGUUUUAUAGAUGUCUGAAUGAAUAUUUUCGCUAUAUUCUUAGUUUUGUUCAGUUUCGUUAUCCACUACUGUGUCUUGUGCGGUCGGUGGUAUAUCUUGUAUAUCUGCUUUUGGAAUAUUGUUCAUCGUUUCAUGGAAGUAUUCCUUUUUUUAUUAUUAUUAUUAUCUAUCUCAGAUGAUAAAGAGUAUUUGUUGCUCUGAGGAAUAAUUUUGACUUCAU